AUGAAGCUCUCCGUCUUCAGCGCAAAGGCCUACGACCGACACCACCUCGACCGGGCCGCCCAGGCCCAGGCCCAGCCCCGGCCCCGGCCCCGGCCCUCGUCGCCGGUCCCCAUCGACAUCACCUACCACGACUUCCCGCUGUCGCCCGAGACGACGGCCCUCGCCGCCGGCGCCGACGCCGUGUGCGUCUUCGUCAACGACACCGUCUCGGCCGCCGUCGUCGACGCCCUGGCCGACCUCGGCGUCGGCGCCGUCCUGCUGCGCUGCGCCGGCUUCAACAACGUCGACCUCGCCGCCGCCCGCCGCCGCCGCCUCGUCGUCGCCAACGUGCCCGCCUACGCCCCCGACGCCGUCGCCGAGUUCGCCGUCGCCCUCAUCCAGACCCUCAACCGCCGCACCCACCGCGCCUACAACCGCGUCCGCGAGGGCAACUUCUCCCUCGACGGCCUGCUCGGCCACACCCUGCGCGGCAAGACCGUCGGCAUCGUCGGCACCGGCCGCAUCGGCCUCGCCACCGCCGCCCUCCUCGCCGCCUUCGGCUGCCGCGUCCUCGCCCACGACCCCGUCCCCCGCCCCGACGCCCUCGCCCGCGUCGGCGGCACCUACGUGUCGCUCGACGACCUGCUCCCGGCCUGCGACAUCCUCAGCCUGCACUGCCCGCUGACCGACGCCACCCGCCACCUCAUCGACGACGCCGCCCUCGCCCGCGUCAAGCCCGGCCUCAUGCUCGUCAACACGUCGCGCGGCGGCCUCGUCGACACCCACGCCGUCAUCCGCGCCCUCAAGACCAACCGCCUCGGCGCCCUCGCCCUCGACGUCUACGAGGCCGAGGGCGCCCUCUUCUACGACGACCACUCGGCCGACAUCAUCCAGGACGACGUCCUCAUGCGCCUCAUGACCUUUCCCAACGUCCUCGUCUGCGGCCACCAGGCCUUCUUCACCGUCGAGGCCCUCACCGAGAUUGCCGAGUCGACCAUGCGCAACCUGCAAGAGUUUGCCGCCUCGGGCUCCUGCCAGAACUCCCUGACCAAGGACCCGGCCCCCCAAGGGCGCGAGCCCCUGCCGGUGCGAAACGUCUAG